GAGACUGAGUGGGGCCUCUCACUGGUCAGGCUUGUGGUGUUGCCUCUGGGUCCCCCAGUCCUGGGAGACCGCCCUUGGUGUGGAGACCACAGAUCCGCGAGGCUGACAGGUGCCAUGGCGACCCGUGGGGACCCCGAGGAGGAGCAGGUCGUCCCAAGUGAAGAGGACGAAGCGGACGUGAGGGCCGUGCAGGCCCGGUACCUCCUGCGGAGCCCCUCGCCCAGCCAGUACUCGGUGGUCUCGGAGGCGGAGACGGAGAGCAUUUUCAUGGAGCCCAUUCACCUCUCCUCAGCCGUGGCUGCCAAGCGCAUCAUCAGGGAAGAACUCGGGCCGCGGGGCGUCAGGGCUGAGGCAGAGUGUCCGGGCAUGCUGGAGUCCGCUGAGCAGCUGCUGAUGGAGGACCUGUACCACCGCGUCCGGGAGAAGAUGGACGACACCAGCCUGUACAACACCCCCUGCGUCCUGGACCUGCAGCGGGCCUUGGUCCAGGACCGCCAGGAGGCCCCCUGGAACGAGGUGGAUGAGGUCUGGCCCAACGUCUUCAUAGCAGAGAAGAGUGUGGCUGUGAACAAGGGCCGGCUGAAGAGGCUGGGGAUUACCCACAUCCUGAACGCCGCCCACGGCACCGGCGUCUACACGGGGCCCGAGUUCUACGCCGGCCUGGACAUCCAGUACCUGGGGGUGGAGGUGGACGACUUCCCCGAGGUGGACAUCUCCCGGCACUUCCGGAAGGCCGCCGAGUUCCUGGACGAGGCCCUGCUCACCUAUCGAGGGAAAGUGCUGGUCAGCAGCGAGAUGGGCAUCAGCCGGUCGGCGGUGCUGGUGGUGGCCUACCUCAUGAUCUUCCACCACAUGGCCGUCCUGGAGGCCCUGAUGACCGUGCGGAGGAAGCGGCCCAUCUGCCCCAACGACGGCUUCCUCAGGCAGCUCCGGGAGCUCAACGAGAAGCUGAUGGAAGAGAGAGACGAGGACGACAGCGGGGAGGGGGGCGCACAUGGGGCCGAGGAGGGUGAGGACACGGGGAGCACCAUCGGGGCCAGGGUGCAGGACCUCACGGUGGAGGAGCAGGACGACACCACCAGCCGCCUGAGUGGCUCCUCCUUGGGGGCGGCCAGCCAGGCCUCCAAGCCCCUCACCCUCAUCGACGAAGAGGAGGAGGAGAAGCUCUACGAGCAGUGGAAGAAGGAGCAGGGCCUCCCCACCGGCAAGGCCCCGCAGGGUGGGGAUGGCAGGUGCUCCGCGCCCUCUGCCCAGGGCGGGGACGAGCCUGAGGAUGAGGAUGUGGAGGGGAUCAUCCGGGAGUGGCAGCGCCGAAACGAGAGGUACCAGGCAGAAGGGCACCGGAAGUGGGGGCAGGAGGAGGAGGUGGAGGAGGAGGGUGAUGUCGGCUCCUUCAAGGGGAGAAGGCGCCGGUGCACCCGGAGUGAGACCAGCACCUCGGAGAGCAUGAGCAGCCAUGACAUUCGGGUCCUGAAGCAGCAACUGGAGAUGAGCAGCCAGAGCCGGCGAGGGAGGCAGCGCUCCGACUCCGUGUCCACGGACAGCUCCUGGGACGUGUGGAACCAGAGGCUGCUGGAGAUUGAGAAGGAAGCUUCCCGGAGGUACCAGUCCAGGAGCGAGAGAGAGGAGGUGGGCGCAAGCUCAGAGGCGGGGAGCAGGGUCCGGGAGGAGGAUGAGGAGAGUGUGCUGUCGGAGGCCAGCUCCUUCUAUAACUUCUGCAGCAGGAACAAGGACAAACUCACUGCCCUCGAAAGGUGGAAGAUCAAGAGAAUCCAAUUUGGGUUUCACAAGAGGGACUCGGAGGCAGGAGACAGCUGCAGCGAGCCAGGCGCAGAGGAGGCCGAGCGGGAGAAGAAAGGCGCCUCCGACGUCAACCUGACAGCCUACCAGGCCUGGAAGCUGAAACACCAGAAGAAAGUGGGCAGUGAGAACAAGGAGGAGGUGGUGGAGCUCAGCAAGGACGAGGCCUCAGCCUCGGCCAAGAAGAGGCAGCGGAGGCUGGAGCUGCUGGAGAGAAGCAGGCAGACGCUGGAGGAGAGCCAGUCCAUGGGCAGCUGGGAGGCUGACGGCUCGGCCGCCAGCAGGAGCAUCCCCCUGUCUGCCUUUCUGGUCCGCAGCCCCCUUCGGUUAGUACUGAUUGGGGACACAGCCUCAGUACUCAGCACCCUGAGCCUCAGCUCCCACCCAUCUCAGGCCGUAAGCAACACAGGGGGAGGCUUGGCCUCCGCCCCCUCCACGCUGCCUAGCCUCCCCGUGGGGCCUGGAGACACCGUUUGCAUUGCCAGUAUCCAGAACUGGAUCGCCAACGUGGUCAGCGAGACUCUCGCCCAGAAGCAAAACGAAAUGCUGCUGCUGUCACGCUCCCCAUCCGCGGCAAGUGCCAAGGUGGGGCCGGCGGCCAGCGGCCCGGGGGAUGACCAGGUCUCCAUGCUCAGCGCACAGAGCGCCUCCUCCCUGGGCCUUCCGCCUCGAGGGCAGGCAAGACCCGGUUCCGACACGCAGUCCCUGCCGUCCUGCCACAGCACGCCGAGCUCCAGGGCCGAAGGCACGGGGAGCACUGGGAGGGGGACCAGCAAGCCCGUCUACAGCCUCUUUGCUGACCACGUCAACCUGAAGGAGCUGGGCCAGAAGGAGAAGGAGAUGCAGAUGGAGCUGAGGGAGAAGAUGUCUGAGUACAAGAUGGAGAAGCUGGCCUCCGACCACAAACGCAGCAACCUUUUCAAGAAGAAGAAGGUCAGGGAAGAUGAGGACGGGGACGUGGGCGAGAGAGACGAGGACGCCGACAGCGCCAUCGGCAGCUUCCGGUAUUCUUCCCGCGGCGGCUCCCAGAAGCCUGAAACGGACACCAACACCGCAUUGCUGCGCCUGCGCCUGGCCUGCGAGGUGGGCUAG